CUGAUUUUUAGGUUAAGUUUAAGUGAAAUAUGAAUUAUGUUCAGUAACUGAAUUUUGGUUUUAGCUCUACAUCUUUAAUCUUUCAAUCACAUUAUUCUGUUAACUGCAUGAAGUUUACGAAAAGUUUUCCUAUAAGUUAAUCUUUUCCGUCAAAUGUUGAGCACGAGGGAAUUUUUAAAAGGAUAGGUGUAAGGUUAUGAUUUGCUCGUGCUUCAUACUCCUUGCUUUGCCUUAUCAUCAAUUCCACACGGCUUCCCACAAGAUCAGAAAAAUCGAAUUUUCACAUUCUAUCUACUAAGUCGUUCUACCAAAGGUACAUUUAUUGGAACAUUAAUCGAAUUUGAAUUGUUGCUUCUACCAUUCAAUUAAUGAUGGACAACUCAGAAAAGGAUGAUCGUUUUGCUCAUGUAGCACAAGAUCCCAAAUUUCGUAGAAUCCCCAAGUAUGAGAGGAAAAUCAAGAUUGAUAAACGUUUCCAGUCCAUGUUUACUGAUGAACGUUUCACUGUUAAUUACUCAGUCGAUAAGAGAGGAAGACCUCUCCAGAAAUCUUCUGGAGAUGAUUUCCGUAAGUAUUAUGAAAUCUCCUCAGAAGAGUCUGAUGGUGAUGAUCCUGAGGCACCUUCGACUUCCAAGAUGGUCAAAGUAAAAAAAAGUGUAAAUCAGAAGAAGAAAAAGGAUAUCACACCUAGGCUCAAUGCGGCAACAGAAUCUGAUGAUGAGAAUAGUGUUAAAAUGGACAAUUUAGACGAAAGUAUUGAUAUUGAUCAAAAGUGUGAAGAUGACGAGUUUGAUGAAAAAAAUAUGUCAAGCAAAAUUCGUCAACGCCUAAAAAAUAUGUCUGUUGACUACGCUCGUGGUGAGUCAACUCUUCUAUCUGAUAGUUCUUCAGAUGAGGAAUCCUCUGAAAAUGAUGAGCCAGAUAUUGAACAUGCUUGGGGAGAAUUAGACAGAGAUGCAGAAAGAACUGAUGAGAUCACUCAUCGACUUGCUGCCUGCCACAUGGAUUGGGAUCGAAUCAGAGCAGUAGACCUGAUGGUUUUGUUCAAUUCCUUUUUACCCAAUAAAGGUGUCAUCCAAUCUGUAACCAUUUAUCCAUCUGAAUUCGGAUUGAAAAGAAUGCAAGAAGAGGAACUGAUAGGACCUCCAGAACUUGUCGGUGACAAAAAAACUGAUCCCGGUUUCUUGGAUAAAGAAAACACCAGUAAAGUUGGUUUGGAUGCUGAUUCUUCCCUUGAAGAAGUAAGCCAGACUUCUAGCGAAAAUGAUGAGGACAUGAAUAGUGAAAGUGAUGGCCAUUCAGAUGAUGAUGGAAGUCAAACUAAUGAUGAUGAUAAUAAUAAUUCGGACUCAGGAGAUUCUGAUGACAAUCAAGAAGGAAAAAAAUUUCACAUGGAGCGAUUGAGACAGUAUCAGAUCAACAGGCUGAAGUACUACUAUGCGGUUAUUGUCUUUGACUCUGCCGAAACGGCAAACAAAGUUUACACAGAGUGUGAUGGAAUGGAGUUCGAAACAUCCUCUGCCAGACUCGAUCUGCGAUUCAUCCCAGAUGAAACAACCUUUGAUCAGGAGCCGAAAGAAGUGUGCACAAGUCUUCCAGAAAAAGGCAAAUACAAGCCCAGAUAUUUCACCACAACAGCUCUGCAGCAAUCGAAAGUAACCUUAACUUGGGAUGAAACAGACCCACAUCGAAGUGAAGUCAUGCAAAAAGUGACAGAGGCGGCUCAAAAAGGGGGUGAUAUCAGUGAUGACGAAAUCCAUAAUGUAUUAGCUACUUCCUCGGAUGAAGAUGAUGAAGGCAUUGAGUCAGCCGGAUCAGAUAAUGAUCAUGUAUCAGUAGCAGAGACAACUGUCUCAAAAGCUGAGUCCAUAGCUCGUUAUCGAAACCUGAUCAAGAUGAUAGAGGAAGAGGAAGAACAGAAGAAAAAUGAUGUUGAGAUGGAGAUCUCCUGGGGAGUUGGACUAAAAGACAAAGCAAAAGAAAUGGUAGACAAAAAGGCCAAAACAAAGCUCACACCUUUCCAACAACUGGUGGAGAAGAAGAGAGAAAAGAGGCGUUUAAAGAAAGAGGAGAGAACUCAAAAGAAAGAAAAUAUUAAUGAGGAAUCAGGCAGUGAUAUUCCAUUCUCUGAUGAUGAGCUUCCGUCCGAUGUGGAUACAAAUGACCCAUUUUUCCAGAGUGAAAUGCCCAAGAAGAAAAAGUCCAAGAAAAAAGAAGACAUUGCUAAAAGCAAAGCAAAUGAGGAUGAAGAACGAGAAAAUAAUGCAGAGUUGGAAUUGCUUCUCAUGGAUGAAGGGGCUGAUGACAACAAACAUCAUUUUGAUAUGAAGAAAAUUGUUCAAGGAGAAACUAAGAAGAAGAAAAAGAGCAAGUCCAGAUACAAGAAGGCCUCCGCUCCGCAGGAGAAGGAGCCUGAUGAUUUUAUGGCUGAUGUCCAAGACGAGCGUUUCAGUGCUCUCUACACAUCUCAUCAUUUCAACAUUGAUCCUGCCAAUCCCCUUUUCAAGAAAACUAAAGCUAUGGAAGCAAUCAUCUCUGAAAAACAGAGGAGGAGAAAAUCUGACCCUAAUUAUGAAUUUGAGGAACCAGGGGUCUCCAAAAAACCAAAAAUUGACAGUAGUUUGCUGAAGAAGGAUACGGAACUCUCUAUGCUGGUUAAGGAAAUCAAGAAGAAAAUGUAGAGACAUUAAGGAGAAGCAGAGUUUUUUCUUGGAAGCCGUAUAUGCUAGCAAGUCUUUUGUUACCCUUAUCAGAUCUAUCAAAUUUCCUAUUUUAAAGCAUUUCUGUGAUUUUAAACUUAAAAAUAUGUGGUCUGAGGUUUUUUUUUCUUCUUUAUCAUGUACAACUUUUUUUCUAAGUUCAUACUUAUCAUGUAGAACCUACUUGUUAUAAUUUCUGCAAAAGUUUCCUGUGAAAUAAAGUAAAAUAUUCGAAAA